AUGCUUGACAGAGAACAUAUUGUCCCCACACCCAUUGUGGAAAAUCACCAGCCGCUGGACAUCCUGAUAGAAAACCUGGCCAUAUCGCAAGGAAAAGAGCUGUCUCAGGGACUGGAUAGCAUUCUGUGUGUAUCUCGGCAGUUCACUGCCGAACAGAUGUCCAGAAUGGAUAGGAUUGUUGCAGACCUCCACAACAACAAUAGAGAAGAGUGGUUCUAUCAGAGGAUAUUUGAGCUAGCACUGAAGAUGUAUGGCUUUGGCAACGACUGGAGGAACAGGCUUCGGAUGUGCAAGCUCCAUGAGAAGCAUAGAUUCAGAAUCCACAGCAACAUCCACGAGUUUUCUUACACAGGCGGGAUAAGCGAAAUACCUAGGAUAUGCAAGGCGUUUAUGCAAAGAAGAAAGGUUGUCUAUGACAGGGUGAAUGUCCUUGGGUAUUGUGUGCUUGAGAUUUCCGGGAUGAAUGGAGAGGCUGGAUAUGAGGGAGAAGACGACAUCUUCUAUCUUAUAGAAUAUGUCUACAGAAGGGACUUGAAGACACUCCUUAGAUGGGCCAAGAACGUAAGGGUGAUGAACGACUGGUCGCUGCUAUAUCUGACAAACUACCCGGACUUCCUGUACACGGAAAUGAGAUACCAGAGCAAUCCGAUGAUAAUCAAGGAGAUAGUAAUACAGCAAAAGUCACACAGGCUCUACAACUUUCUCUUUGUAAAGCUGUCGAUGCUAUUUCCAAAGGAAGAGAUGGCCAAUAUCCUGAUCAAGAGCUACAAGGCGCCUGGAACAGAGCAUACAACCCACAUAUUCCAUAAGCUGUUUGAAGAUGACGAAGCUUGGGGAGAGAAGAUGCUCAAGAGAUUCAUUAGAAGCACAGGAGCCAAAGAACUCGGCGAGAUGUUCUUUGAGAGGUGCAAGCAGGUCGAUGGAGAUUAUGCCGAGGUGCUGUGUAUCUGCAUAGAGAAGGCACAUCUUAUCAAAGACGACUGUCUUGAACGACUCAUGAACUCCCAUUACUGGCCGCACGUCACGCAUAGAUACGAGGACUUUUCUAUUCUUAUGAAGCUUUUGAUUGAAAGAGACCUUUCUCCCCAGAAGGAGUAUGACUUCCUAGAAAGCGGCGCGGAUGCCACCUUGGAGAACCUCAGAAAGAUUCUGUUUAUGGCGCGAGAGAUGCCUUUGAGGCGGGAGGAUGUAAGGAAUGCUGUGGUUGAGACUAUCCGGAGGAUGUUUAAGAAAAGGAUGGCCUGCGAAAGAUGCAGAGAGAAGAAGAUAGAGAAGAGCUUGAGGCUGUGCCCUGUAAGGUCCCUCAUCAAGAGGGAGUCUGGGAUGGAGGAGGACAAGGGGCUUCUGAUUAUGUAUGAGAUACUAGAGACGCUCAGGGGGCUUGACAUUCCAAAGAGGACUCUUUACAUGCUUUCGCUGAUGAAUUCCGAUCUGUUCUGCAGGACGGUGAUCAACGACACAAGAUACGAUUGCUUCUUCAUCAAGUGCAUGAACAUUAUUUUGAGAGAUCUCGAGGGAAGGUUUCGGCAUAUGAUCAAUGAUGUAGUAAGGAUGAGGAUAUUUGACUCUGACGGGUAUUGGGAGCAAAGUGUCAGAAAGUGUUUGAAGCUAAGAAGCCUGUGGAAGGCAGUGAUUUCCUUCGGUGACCUACAAGGGAAAGGAUCUGGAUGCGGAGAGCAUAAGAAGAACGGGCUCUACUCUCUGAGAAACAUUGUGAUACACUCUGACUCGAGUUUUCUGGUUGAGAACGAGUGUUCCUCGGAGACUGUUGAGAGGAACGGAUGGAGCCUACUAGAGGACAAGAGGAAUCUACGAUACAUGAAAAUACUUGAUGACAAGACUAGGCUGAAAUAUCUUAUCAAGGAGCUAGAAGGAAGAAGGGAUCCGGAAAGCUUAGGGAUGGUGACCAGCCUUCUGAAGGAGUCGUGCAGUGUUGCCGAUGGAAUGGUUUUCAAGGAUUCAUCGAUUUUGUUCAAGGCCCCAUCCAAGGCAUUUACCCUGCACCUCUCCUUUGGGCAGUAUGAUGAGAUGGGGGAGCAGGUCUUUGUUCAGCUGGAGGGGAAGGAAGAGGUGUUGAAGAUAGGAAGAACGAAUGGAAAGCUGUUUAUGAAGAAGGUGGGUGGGAUGGGCAUCCUGGAUGUUCUCUUGAGCGAGGACAGCAGGCCUAAGAUGGAUGAGGUUUUCAGGUCUUCGUACAAGUCCUCGAAGUUCUCGUUUUGCUUGAAUGGAAGGAUGUACAGCUCGAAGAUUGGAAAUGUAGAGAAAAUAAGGAUAGGUGUUGGAUUUAGAGGAGUAGUUGAGAAGAUAUUUUUAUGUGAGUCCAAUCUCCCGAGGAAGUAUGUGCUUGGGAGUGGUCGGCAGUCGUCUAUGUAUGUUGACGAGCUGUCCAAGAUAGAGAGGUUUCUGGAGUAUAAGAGUCUGUGUGGGGUGUAUAUGGACAGCACUACGCCGUACUUCAUUAGUGGAAAGCUUUAUGUCAAGGUAAGCAAUGUGAUAGACAACAGAAAUGUUUAUUGGAUGUGCAACAGAAAGGUGGAGAGCCUAUUGAGGGAUGGCAAGGUGAAGUUACCUGGAUUGAGGGCAUGA